AUGAAUUCCGCAUCUUCGAGUGCCUACAUGGACCGCGUACUUUCCAAUCAUCAUCGCCUUCGCGAGGUGCAUCUAUCAGAGCACGGAGGCUGGCGAGCUAUUCUCCAACGCGACACACCUCAACUUGAGGUCCUUCAUAUCACAAGGAUUCUAUGGCAGCACCAACCGGAAGAUCUCAUAGAGACUCAUCUUCUGACCGCUCGUUCGCCGAAACUACGUGUACUAGAGCUCCACGGUGUUGGAAUAUCCUGGUCCCUCCCAGCUCCGCCGGCGCUGCGUCGCCUUAGCUUGCUCUCCUACGAUAUGACGAACCGCGGUAUCAGCCUCUACGACGUGAUGUCAUUUCUCCAGGGUGUUCCAAUGCUGGAGAGCCUCGAUACAUAUGACGCGCUCUGGGGAGACAGCCCCAUCGACCACCCAGUUGUAUCGCUUCCGCGAUUGGAGUUUCUUGCGAUGGACGAGGUCAAUGGAAUACCCACGGCCAUAUGGAGUCAUCUACGGAUUCCAAACACGUCUUACGUCGAGCUCGCCUUGGAUUUUCUUGACCUCGAAGGCGUAUAUUACGCUCAACUUGUUGCGGCCAUCCAAAACCAUCUGGCUCGCCCGGGAUGCCUCCGCUAUACAAAAAUUUCCCUUGGAGUGGAAGAAACGAGCGUCGUCGCGAUGAGAUUCAGCCUAUCAGUGCAGUCACCUCCUCCCGAUGUAUCACUAAUGAACGACGAUACCAGCGGCGGGUACUACCCUACGUACCCCAGCUUGAAAUUCAUAUCCCACACCGACGGACCGCAUCUCGAAGAACCCACUGUCUCCCUAUUCCCUGCGGAGUUCGUGAACAUGUUCGUCUUGGACGAAAACGUACGCAUGCAAUCAUCGACCAUGAUUCGCAUGUUCCAGAGGCUUACUGCGAUUGUGGAACUGAAGGCCGUAGGGACUGGAUCCGCCGGAAAGCUACUCCUGUCCUUCCUUGCAUACCCUGCAGGUCAGGACACUGAAGGGGACGUGUACCUACCGAAGCUCAAGAUGCUCCUCUUGAAGGAUGUGGACUUCGAUUCCAAUGUACCAGACUAUGCGGCGCUGCCUGGUAUUCAGCGGAGCGCAACUAUCUGGGACCUUCUGCAAUUGGCUCUUCAGCGCCGCAUCACGGACGGGGUCCCUCUCGAGACGCUUGCUAUGGAUGGAUGCUCCAUCGAUAAUGAGGCACUGAUUCUGUCCCUCUUCCAAUACACUGAAGCGCUCGUCUGGAAAUCUCCUCGUUAUGCACAUGGAUGGGACGACGAUCACGAUGAGUGGUGA